UCAGUGGUGUCUUUCUGUCUCCCGGUUGUUUGCGACCGGAUAAUCCCGGUUGCACUGGAGUAUAAAUAAUCUUCCCCUUUUAUCUCUCAUUCUUGUUUUGAACUUUUCUUCAGCUUUUCCCUUUGAAUUCGCGUCUCUCUCUUGGAAGUUCAUCCUAAUCUUGUCUUUUCUGCACCAUGUCCGACGCAAGGGAACUCCCAGCAGUGGCCGUCUCGGAAUCUGAGGAAGAGGAAUUACUAUCCGAGGACGAGGUGAUACCCCAGCAAGGGGAACGUCAGAUGCCCCUCGUGCCUCUCGACCUCCGAGGAGUCUCAAAGGUUGGUACCGCCGAUGAAUUUCGCCUCCGGAAUAAUUAUGAUAUUCCUCCCUUGGUUCUGUUACAUUUCCAGAAUCCUGUUACCCGGGAGAUUCGUGGGGGCGAUCUCGUUAUUUACGAGAAAAUGCUUUUAGCUGGCCUGCGAUUCCCUUUACCGGACAUUGCCCGGGAGUUGGUUCUAUUUCUUGGGGUAUCCCCAAGCCAGCUUACACCGAACGCGUGGAGAUACCUCUUCGCCUCUUUCAUACUGUGGCAAACGGUGUUGGGGGCUCGGAUGACAAUUCCGGAGUUCUUCAACAUUUACCGGGCGUCAUAUAAAAGGGAAGGGGUUGUUGAGUUUACUGUUAGAAACAAUCCUAUCUUCAUAUACCUUUCUCAGAGUUAUUCUAACAACCGAGGUUGGAGGUCAGAUUUUUUCCGUGUCUCAGGAGAUUGGGAGUCGGUAGCGCCCUUACCGGCCGACCAAAGAGUAUCAAGAGUCUGGAAUCCUAUUCAGGUUGACCUGCGGGAAGCUCCGGUCUUGAAUGCGACCGGAAAGAGAAGGGUAGCCGCGAUGCUGUUGUUUUCUCAGACUCCGGGGAAUGAUAGGAAGAUAGACUAUGACAACAUAGUCACCGACGAAAAUAUGCGGAAAGUUCUUGGGUAUCAGAUUCCUACCGAGAAGGUUUGGUAUGAUCGGAAAGGGAAACAAAAGCUGAAGAAAUUUGAGGGUGGAGCGGCCGGCACUCCACAACCGAAGGCGUCGAAGGUAGCCCCCGGGACUAAGAGGGUUGUCAAACCAAAGAAGACUAGUAAGGCGACCCUCCCUCCGAGGACAAUAAGUAAGGCGACCCAAGCUCCAAGGACGGCGAUUGUACCUCGGGAUAGCCUUACCUCAAACUUUUCUGCCCCUGCGACCGAUCUCGUGAGUGACUUGAUUAGAGCUCCUGAGACUAUAAUCCCGGCUACCUCUUCAUCGGCCGUCAUUAGUAUUGUUGAAGUCGGAAAUCCCGAGGAAGGGUCUGGUAGGGAGACGGUGGUUGUUCAUGCACCCGAUGUAGUAGAAAUCGGGGACGAUCCAGAGGAGUUAGAGCAAGAGGCUUCUGAGGUUCGGAAUGCUUCCAAACGCAAAAGGAAAGAAGUGGCUCCCGAGUCGCCGAAGAGGACCCGAUUUGCUUCGGAUCCUUUAGAAUACGCGCUUACGCGGUCCACUGAAGCCGAGCUUCUUUUUGGUCGGCCGCGUUUUAUAUUGCCCACAUUGCCAGCUACCCGGGAAGAACCGAUUGAAAGAUCCGAGGCUUCGGGUCGGUCUCCGACUGAGAGGAUAGAAGCUCGUUUGGAAUCUGAUGUUGGUCUAGCCUCCGAGGCUCGCUUACCGGUGGAGCAUGAAACAUGCUUCCAACCCCAGAGUGGGCCGAAAUCUGGAGAUCAUGUGGUGGUGGCAUCGGAGGAUCAUCUUGAGACCGGGGAGAUAGACUCCUCCGUGCCGGCCGGAGAGUGUUUGGACCGGGUUGAGGUGGCGGAGUCCUCUGGACCCGAGACUUGUGAGGACCAACCGAGUACUCAAAAUCUUUCUCCGGGAGUUAUGGAAGCCGAGACUUCCCGACAGGGAGCAUUAAUCGGUUCUCUGAGGGAAGGCCUACUGGCUUGCCCCUUGGAGACAUUAAUGGGCUUAAUUCCAGAGGGGUCUUCCUCAAUGUCCGGGACCUUGUCCCCCGGAGGACUUAUGGAGGCGAUGCUCCAUACCCAGUUGCAGUGCGUUAUGAGGUCGGUCGCCUUGUGGCGUGACCACCGGGGUGUUAUUGGAAGCCAAGCUGCUCUGGAAGCUAAGGUAGCCGAGCUUCGGUCCCGGGUUCAGGAGCUGGAAUUCGAGGUGACACGAACCUCGGACUUGGAGUCCGAGAUAGAGACCUUGAAACAAGAUAUUCAAACCAAAGAUCAGAUAAUCAAGGCUCGGGACCUGGAUCUGGCUCAGGCCCGGAAGCUGGCGGAUACAUCUCAUGCUCAAGCACUUGAAAGUGAAAAAACCCUUGACAGAGUAUUGAGCAAUCUGACCGAGGCUAACGAAGCCAAGACUGUGCUGUCUUCCCGGGUGACAGACUUGGAGCGAGAGAAGGACUCGCUGGUGGCCGACAAGCACUCCAUGUCCGAGAGGCAGAAAGAAAUUCGAGCUCGGUGUAAGAGACUUCGGAAGAAGGCCCAUCAUUAUAAGACCAAGUCCCGGCGUUUCAAGAAACAACUCGCCCUUGUUCCUUGGCUUCGAGGUCUUAGCUGGGGCCGAGGAUCCAACUGGGGUUUUGAGAGAUUGAGGACUAUGCUUCUUCACCCGGAAGUAUUUACGGUUGACCCCGAGACUGUGACUCCUGGGCUCCUCGAAUUACCCGAGAUAGCAACCAAGGAGCUACAAACUCUGGGAGUGGAAUUUUUCCCGGAUGUGGAGGACUGGACUGAUGAUGCUCCCAAUCCUUAUCGAGAUGACUUAACCUCGGGACCCUCUGUCUCAGAAUGCACUCCCUGUAGGGAAGAAACCGAGGAACCUGGGGCUGGCGAUGCUGGGGACUCGGCAGGGAGCCCACUUAUGUAAUAUAUUUUUUCCUUCUUUUUGGGCCGGUUGUACUUUGCAAUGAAAACUAAUGUAACCCGGUUGGUUUUAUGAUAUAGAAUUAAUUUUUAUA